AUGAGCCAUGAGAACGUACAGCCUCAAGUCAUUGCUGAGCUCAUGCGACAACUCCAUCGACAGCAGCCCGCUAACUUCCUCAACUCGUGCGGUCCUCCGGAAACCUCAGCCACCGCUCAAGAGCAUGGCAUUCUAGAUGGGGUGCUUCCGAGCUGGCUGAAGGACAGAAGAGUAACUCUACCCAAUGCACUGGAUCCGACCGAGAUCCAUGCUGUCGUUCGUGGCUCACAAGUGUCACCAUAUUCUCGCGGUUUCUUCUCCCUAAAACUCCUCAUUGAAGCCGAGUUCCCGAGGCUGCCUCCUCGAGUGGUGUUCAGUACUAGAGUAUUUCAUCCUAAUAUUGAUGAAGCUACAGGAGAUGUUUGUAAGCUGGCUUUGGGCCGAAUGUGGUCCGGCGAGAAUUGGAGCCUCCAACAGUUUCUGGAGGAUAUUGUCGAUCUGAUGGAGCGGCCGAUUUUGGACAAGCCGCUCAACAUGACCGCGGCCAGACUGUUCUCUGCUGACCGUGACGGGUAUGAUCGUCGUGCUCGGUUAUGCACUGUAUUGCAUGCUCUGCCCCGCUCGUUGACUCCGGUCAAACGUCGACUUCAGUUUGAUGACGACGCUUAUUCUAGAGACGUUAACGAUGAAGGACUAGUCUCGAUGGCUGCCAUUGCAGGAAUGGGGUUAUCUAUUGACUCCAUUGAAGCGACUGAAGAAGAUGCGUUUUCCGAUUCGAAUAGUCCUUCCACGCCGUGCGCUAUGAGUGUCGAUGGUGACUCUGAGCGGAACGACUACGUCCCUUGUCAGAGGGUUCCGUUGGAGAUCGAUGUUGACGAUGACAGUAGCAGUGAUGAUAGUGAAUGUGAACAGCCAGUGGCCAGUGAUGGUAUGGUGACUCCACAGAAGAGCUAUCCCCGGUACUCUCCUUCAUCUGAGCUCCGCAGCGCUCAGAGGCUUGCAAGUACUCCUAAGGGUGGAUUAUUCGGCAGAGCCGGGACCGUCCUUGACGGGUCUGAGUUCUCCGAGAGAGCUGAUGAGCUUGGCGAGCUCUUCAUAGUGGUGUCCGGGAAGGAGGGAAUGUGGAGUACUAUAUUCUGCCCGGACACCAUAGUGUCGAAAAUUAGCAGUGUAACCCGCUUGUGGCCUUCGACAUUGGUAUGGAAAGGAGUUCAUCCAGAAACUCGCAUCGCCUGCGCACGGACAUACCUCUUGCCGUCCCACGAUACGUCUGAUGACGACAUAGAAGAGAUUGAGUCCAUGACAAUGGAAGCUAUUCGACUAGUCCGAGAUGUUGCUGGGGCUAUCGGUAAUGGCGAAGGCAGCGCUGCCGGGGUGAAGGUUGAUUGGAUUGAUGCAUUCGGAUCAACUUCGGAGAGGAGGCCGGAAGGAGCUGAGAUUACUUGCGCUUUUAUAUCGGCAGUCGUCACGAGCAAAGACAUAACGGUCGUCUAUGGGGAUACCUACAUGUUCCGAGAUGGGGGAGAGGACGUGAUCGCCGUCACCACUGACAGGAUGUCGCAAUUGACGCCUCUAUCUUGGAGCUGUUCGAGGUCGCAGAUUAGGGAGAAGUGUGCAGUAGAGGAUGAUGCCGCAAGGUUCCUAUCGGAGCACCGAGGGGUCCGUAUGGGUCGCCUCUUGCUCAACAUGGCAGGGAAGACUAUGAACAAUAAAGAGACCUCCAGCGACGAGUCGAGGGCGACGAAGAGUCUUGGAGAACUCGAGUUUGCACCUCCUGACGUCACAAGUCGUUCGAGGAUCGGAUUAUGGAAAUGCCACGCCUCGAAGAGAUCUCUCCUGGCUCGUGUUGGGAUCACGUAUGGGAAGAUGAACAUGUAG